AUGAGGGCGAGUUCGGGCGGGUGUGGUACCGCAUCCUCCGUGGUGAUCGUGUAUGUGGAGGACGUCAACGACGAGGCCCCCGUGUUCACACAGCAGCAGUACAGCCGCCUGGGGCUUCGAGAGACCGCGGGCAUCGGCACGUCUGUCAUUGUCGUCCGAGCCACCGACCGAGACACUGGGGAUGGCGGCCUGGUGAACUACCGCAUCCUGUCGGGCGCAGAGGGGAAGUUCGAGAUUGACGAGAGCACGGGGCUUAUCAUCACCGUGGACUACCUGGACUACGAGACCAAGACCAGCUACCUGAUGAACGUGUCUGCCACCGACCAGGCCCCCCCCUUCAACCAGGGCUUCUGCAGCGUCUACAUCACCCUGCUCAACGAGCUGGACGAGGCCGUGCAGUUCUCCAACGCCUCCUACGAGGCCGCCAUCCUGGAGAACCUGGCCCUGGGCGCCGAGGUCGUGCGGGUCCAGGCCUACUCCAUCGACAACCUCAACCAGAUCACCUACCGCUUCGACGCCUACACCAGCGCCCAGGCCAAAGCCCUCUUCAAGAUAGAUGCGGUCACGGGUGUGAUCACAGUCAAGGGCCUGGUGGACCGUGAGAAGGGUGACUUCUACACUUUGACAGUGGUGGCAGACGAUGGCGGCCCCAAGGUGGACUCCACUGUGGUCUACAUCACUGUGCUGGACGAGAAUGACAACAGCCCCCGGUUUGACUUCACCUCCGACUCAGCAGUCAGUGUACUGGAGGACUGCCCUGUGGGCCAGCGAGUGGCUACGGUCAAGGCCCGGGACCCUGAUGCUGGCAGCAAUGGGCAGGUGGUUUUCUCCCUGGCCUCUGGCAACAUCGCUGGGGCCUUUGACAUCGUCACUACCAACGACUCCAUUGGGGAAGUGUUUGUGGCCAGGCCCCUGGACAGAGAAGAGCUCGACCGCUAUAUCCUCAAGGUUGUGGCUUCCGACCGUGGCACCCCUCCGCGGAAGAAGGACCACAUCCUGCAGGUGACCAUCCUGGACGUCAAUGACAACCCUCCGGUGAUCGAGAGCCUCUUUGGAUACAAUGUCAGCGUCAACGAGAACGUGGGCGGAGGCACUGCUGUGGUCCAGGUGAGGGCCACCGACCGUGACAUUGGGAUCAACAGUGUCCUGUCCUACUACAUCACCGAGGGCAAUGAGGACAUGACCUUCCGCAUGGACCGCAUCAGCGGUGAGAUCGCCACGCGGCCCGCCCCGCCCGACCGCGAGCGCCAGAGCUUCUACCACCUGGUGGUCACUGUGGAGGACGAGGGCACCCCCACCCUGUCGGUGAGUGACAGGGGUGGCCGCAGGGAGGGGAGGGCGGGCCCGGGCAGCUCUGGCUCUGUGCGAGGGAAGCGAGAUGGGCGGAGUGGAACUCCCCGCGGCCGGGGAUCCUUGACUGCUCCCACGUGGGGCCUUUACCCCGUGAGCCCUCGCGUGCCUGUGGAGGGCCCGUGGAGUGCAAAGCUGGUGCUCCUUCACCCGGCACGUCAGGGUGGGAAGAAACUGACGUCCGUGAUUCAGGCCGAUGCUCGAAUGAACAAGGCAGCGCUCCAGGUUUGCAAGGUUGGAGAAGCGGGUGUGGGCCUCAGCGGCUGGGCACUGGAGGUAGAGGACAACAGUGUGGUCCAUGGGCCUGAAGAGACGCAGUUGAGUAAGGAAAAUGAUGAGGACAUCCAUGUGGUCAUGAGUAUCCCCAAGGACAGAGCCAAGGGCCAUGCCAGAGGGGACCAGAGCAGGGCCCUUCUCCGUCAUUUCCUGAGAGCUGGACUUUGCCGCAAACAGCCUGGGCUGCCUCCACCCAGCCUCAGCCCGUAUCACACGGGCUCUGAACAGCUGUGCUACAAGGGCAUCCGGGCCAGCCCCAGGCCCUCCACACAAUGCUCCCUCAGUGAAUGUUCCCCUGGUCCCCAGCACAGCCGGGCCAGCCCUGGAGUGCUCCACCUGCCACCGGGAAGGCCUCUUCUAGCACCCGUGACGAAGGCCAUGCAUCAGCUCCUCUGCCCAGGCCCUGAGCUGCUGCGCGUAGCGGAGCUCUGGCCAGGCAGGAGUCUGAGAAGCAGGUUCCGCUGCUCCCGCAAGCCCACCUAG